AUGCGUGCCUUCAAGAUAGCCAUCGGUUUAGUGUCCUUCUCAUUAUUGUUGAUUCUCUGCAGUCAAUGGAUCCCUCAGACCCUCCCUCAAUACUUCUCCGACCUAACUGGCACAACACAAUCCCAGAGUCAUAACCCCCAGUCUAGCCAGGACAUGAUGGACGAUAGCAGCAACGACGACGAAACAGAGAAAUCAACCGAGAAAUAUGUGACCUAUCUGCCACACUCUGGAUUCCACAACCAACGCAUUGCGCUUAUCAAUGCAAUGGUCAUCGCAAAGUCACUCAACCGUACCUUAAUUAUGCCCGAGCUAAACAUGGGCCACGCAAACUACUGGCUCCCAGGCAAAGCACUGGCUCUCCAAUUUGACGAUUGUUCUCGCAAGAUCUUCAAGGGUCCUCAUCGGGUGUCUCUCAAUGGCUGUUAUGCUUUCAGAAGCUACAACCCCUGGUCGGUCUCGAGCAUCCUCGAUCUGUCGGCCGUAAAUGAUCAAGGCAUCAGAUAUGUCGAGCGCAACGACAUGAGUCUUGAUUUCUUUGAAAAGAACUUUGGGCUGACCAAGGACGACACCUACUACGUCCAAGAUCCGACUCGGUUCUCGUACAGGAUCUACGACAAUAGUUCCAUGGACCUGGGUAGCUUUGACUUUCCGUUACAACUGUCGGUGCUGCGGCAGAGAACCGAGCCACUCAUCUCUUUUGGCUCGCUCUUUGGCUCCUUCCGACUUGCAAUCGAGCCCAACUCGGAGCUUUGGUGGUUACGCGAGUAUCUGACCGCCGAACUCGGCAUUUCUCAUUCGGUCAUCAUGCAAGAUAGUCUUUCGAUAGCCUCCCACCUGGGUGGACCAGGCAACUAUAUCAGUAUUCACAUUCGUCAGGGAGACGGUUCUUUCCGCAAGGCCCUAAAGUCGACCAUCGUCCAUGUCCAGGCCCACCUCGAGAAGAUCAAAGGAAGAGCCGACCCCGAUGCUGUCGAAGCCAUGCGCCAACUCUCAGUCCCUGACCGCCUCAAGGCAUGUGUCGUCGUCAACCAUACCGUCACAGACCCCCACUUGCGAGUCAUCUUUAUGGCUACCGAUGCUCACAACUCGCGCGAAUCGAUGGCCGACUUCCAUUAUGCCUUCCCCUGUAUGUUCACACUCAACGACUUUUCGAAUGUGAUCAGCAAUCUUAUCGAGACCGAUCACAGUAUCUUCCUUCCCCUGGUAGACGCCGAGGUUGCCAGUCACUCGUCACGAUUUGUCGGUACUCCCAAGAGCACAUUUUCCAAAUACAUCAAGUACCGUCAGCGCAGGUGGCUCAAGUACUAUCCCAAGGCCCCCAAGUCAUGA